CUGCGGUCUAUCUGUCAGCUGAUCGGUUCUGAGAGUUGAGCUGAAGGACCCUGCCUUCUCCCGGCCCAGAUCCUAUAGACUGCAGGAAAAUUUAGAUCACGGCUAUUCUGCCACCUGAAAAGAUGAAAGCAAACCAAGAAAAAUUCUGUGGCAGAGAAAGAGAAUUUGUAUAUAAAUUUAAUGUAGGAAGCCAGUGCUGUGAACUUAAGGUACCUCUGAAAUUUCCUGUUCAAGAGAACCCAAAUAACCUGCAUGGACGUCUGAUGCUUCUCCACAAUUUACCUUGCUUCAUAGAAAAUGACUUAAAAGAAUCCCUGAGCCAGUUUGUAGAGGAAGAAUCUCUAAGAGACUAUGACAGAGAAGCUGAGGCUGCACUAGAAGCUUUGAAAACUGGAGAAGUUGAUGUGCACGAGCUGACAAGUGCAUGGGCAAAAACUUAUACUGAGACCACACUGGAGCAUGCAAGACCUGAAGAGCCAAGCUGGGAUGAAGAUUUUGCAGAUGUCUACCAUGACCUAAUCCAUUCUCCGGCCUCUGAAACUCUCCUAAACUUGGAGCACAACUACUUUGUUAGUAUCUCAGAACUUAUUGGGGAAAGAGAUGUAGAGCUAAAAAAGUUACGAGAAAGACAAGGUGCAGAAAUGGAUAAAGUAAUGCAGGAACUGGGAAAGUCAUUAACAGAUCAGGAUGUAAACUCAUUGGCGGCUCAACAUUUUGAAUCCCAACAGGUCUUAGAGAAUAAAUGGACCAGUGAGCUAAAACAGUCAACCGCCAUCCAAAAACAAGAAUAUCAGGAAUGGGUAAUAAAACUUCACCAAGACCUAAAAAAUCCAAACAACAGCUCCAUCAGUGAAGAAAUUAAAGUUCAGCCCAGUCAGUUUAGAGAAUCUGCGGAAGCAAAUGGAAGAAUUUAUGAAGAUCAAAGAAAGUUAGAAGAAAGCUUUACCAUUCAUUUAGGAGCCCAACUGAAGACCAUGCAUAAUUUGAGAUUGCUGAGAGCAGACAUGCUCGACUUCUGCAAAUACAAACGUAACCAUCGAAGUGGUGUGAAACUCCAUCGGCUGCAGACAGCACUCUCACUCUAUUCAGCAUCUCUCUGUGGCCUUGUUUUAUUGGUAGAUAAUCGGAUCAAUUCAUACAGUGGGAUUAAAAGAGAUUUUGCCACAAUUUGUCAAGAAUGCACUGAUUUCCAUUUUCCUCGGAUUGAAGAACAGUUGGAAAUUGUCCAGCAGGUGGUACUUUAUGCUCGAACCCAACGCAGGAGUAAAGUGAAAGAGCCAAAUGAUUCAGGAAACCGGAAUGGAGGAAGUGAUGAUAAGGCUAAGAAUAUUGAACGAAACUAUUCAAAUAUUUUGCCUGGAGAAUUUUAUAUUACCCGGCACUCUAAUCUCUCUGAAAUCCAUGUGGCUUUCCAUCUCUGUGUGGAUGACAAUGUGAGAUCUGGUAACAUCACAGCUCGAGAUCCUGCCAUCAUGGGUCUCCGAAAUAUUCUAAAGGUUUGCUGUACUCAUGACAUCACAACAAUUAGUAUUCCUCUCUUACUGGUGCAUGAUAUGUCAGAGGAAAUGACUAUACCGUGGUGUUUAAGGAGAGCAGAACUUGUAUUUAAAUGUGUAAAAGGUUUCAUGAUGGAAAUGGCUUCAUGGGAUGGAGGGAUUUCUAGGACUGUACAGUUCCUGGUACCACAGAGUAUUUCUGAAGAAAUGUUCUACCAGCUGAGUAACAUGCUCCCACAAAUCUUCCGAGUGUCAUCCACACUUACGUUGACAUCUAAGCAUUGAAAUCUUCCUGGCAGACAUGUUGAUGAAAAUGGGCCGUUAAACAUUCCAUAAUUGAGGCAACACUGGAAUUAUCUGAAAGCAGAGGUGAUGAGAAGCCAGCUAAGAGCACUGUCCUGAGUCAGGCUGGCCAAAUGGCCAUUUGCUAUAUGAACAAGCAUUUGAGCUUUAGUUCAUACGUUGACAUUUAAUCCCUAAAUCAUCUUGAUGAGACCAAUCCUUAUCUGUGGAUGUAUAUAUGCCACAUUUUACAUCCAUCAGCUAAAAGUCUUACUUAUUACACAUGGAUCUUUCAUGUAGGAAGCUAGCUGCAUUCCCCCCUGCCCCUCGCCCCUGGAGACAUAACAUUUUGUGACCUGGGGAAGAUCUAAAUUAUUAGUUAUUAAUCAGAUCCUUCCUUCUUGAUAAAAUAAUAAAACAUUUAAAUGUCAGUCAUGUGCAAUGCUUAAUGCUUAAUUGAAAAGGAAAUGCCCUUUAUACAGUACUUACCAAGUGAAAAUAAAAAUAAACUGAAAUAAAAGCAGCAGAUAGAGUCUGUGUGAAAAUUCUUACCAGAAAUGAUA